CGGACGGAGACUCUGUUUACUCCAGCAACAUUCAUUCAUCUUUCAGGCAUCCAAAAUGCCCUUCACUACUGGAGAGGGCAACUUGCUCCAGCUGAACCAAAAGGACUUUGACUUCAAUGUCCAGUUUGAGCAGCUGUUCUUCUCCAUCAUACCGUCCACUCUGUUCAUUGUAACGUCACUAUGGAGGGCGCGUUGCCAGGCACGGAAGCCCAGUGUGGUUGUGAAUGCCCUGGUUUUCCAGCUCAUUAAAUUGGGUGCCAUCGCGACCUAUGUCGGACUUGAACUUUCACUCCUCAUCUUGGUUGCCGUUGGACCCUUCCAAGUGACUAGCAUGUUCAUAUCUUCUUCAGUCCUCAAGCUUGUCUCGGCCCUAUUCAUGGUAACGCUGAGCGUUGUUGAUCACAGCAGAAGUGCGCGGUCGUCUGUACUGCUGAAUAGCUACUUGUUUCUUACUCUCCUUCUGGACGCGGUCCAGGCAAGGACGCUGUUUCUAUCAUCGGACAACAAGACAGAGCUCACGUACAGCAGCAUCUUCAGUGCCGUGAUAGCUCUCAAGACUGGAAUACUGCUGUUAGAAGCCCAACAAAAGUCCAGGUUGCUACGCUGGGACAAGAAGGAGCACAGCCCGGAGGAGACGAGUGGCAUCUUUUCCCUGGGCGUCUUCUUCUGGCUCAACAAGAUAUUCCUGGCGUGA